AUGCUACAACCAAACUCGAUUUUGUCCCCUGUUUUUCCAGUCGAGAAGGACGUCGAUGUUUCUACAGAAGAAAUACCAUUGAUACAAACUGUAAAUGUACAUGUUUUCAUACAGUUAGCUGAACCAGCUGUCUUUAUACAAGGGUUCAGUUCUCAAGAGAUUCAACAGAGACCUCCUUCCCUGCUGAGGGGGUCUUUGAUUGUAAGGGUGUUAAAACCUUCGAAGUUGAAAUCCAUUACUUUGAAUUUUAAAGGUUACGCUAGGACAGACUGGCCGGAAGGGAUCCCUCCCAAGAGACAAGAAUUUGUGGAGAUCAACGAUAUAGUGAAUCAUACAUGGCCUUUUUACCAUGCACAUUCAUCCUCAAAUAAUAACAGGCCACAUGAACAUAUUAACUUGAAUCCAAGAUCACCACGAAACUCUAUAAUAGCACUGCAAGAUAUGGAUAAUUCCUUGGAUGAACUCGAAGAUCCAAUUAUACAAGAGAGUGGUGCUUCAGUGUUUAGGAGCUUACCGACAGAUGUUAAUGUCGGUGAACUAUCCCAUAACCCUUCGUUACUUUCCGUAAACAAUGCAAAACAGAGGACUUUGAAGUCUGAGGGGAGUUUUUCAACCACGCACUCCACUCCACCAACAAGAUCAGAUUCAAAUAAUAAAAUACAUAAAAGCAUGUCACCUUUUGGUUUUUUCAAAAGGGACUCAUCAACAGUAAGUGCCACCACUGAGUUGAACUCAAGUGGCGCAAAUAAUUCUAAUUCCAACAUAAAUACCAAGAACAACAGAUCAUCAAUAUUCUCAGAUCUAUUGACAAAUACAUUUUCAACUCUUUCUGAUGCUAGUCCUAGUGCAAACGCAAAUGCUGUAAAUUCCUCUGCCAUGAACAAAAGUUUCUCAAGCUCAAAUAUAAACACCAAUAAUACAUCAAGUACAAUCACUAACAAUGAUAGUUUCACCUUCCAACCAGGUGAUUACAUCUAUACAUUCGAACAAGCUAUCCCUUGUUCAUACCCAGAGUCUAUAAAAGCUGAUUUUGGUCUUGUUGAAUAUACUUUAACAGCUACCAUCGAAAGACAUGGUGCAUUCAAGUCAAAUGUAAUUGCCAAGUUACCAGUGAAUAUAUUAAGAACACCUUCCGAUACCUCCAUUGAGGAGACAGAACCAAUUGCAAUCUCAAAGAAUUGGGAGAAUCAUCUUCAUUACGAUAUCAUGAUAGCAUCAAAAGAUGUUAUAUUGGAUGCGUUUCUUCCCAUUUCAUUCAGCUUUUCUCCAUUGGAUAAAGUCACUUUACACAGAAUUAGAAUAUAUUUGACCGAAACAAUGGAAUACUAUUGUAAAGGCAAAAAAGUCCAUAGGGUUGAGCCAGUUAAGAAAUAUUUGUUAGCGGAACAUAAUGGGCCAAUACUGAAGCCACUUCAACCCGGUGAAAAGUCAACAAAAGCAAAAUACUUGGGAAACUUACUAAUUGAUGAAAAGACAGGUGAUGUAAUGAAUAAGGAUUACUCAUUUGAAGUUUUUAUACCAAGCGUCUUCUCAAAUAAGCAAAAGUUACAUCCUGAUACAGCAUGUGAUAAGAUAAAAGCGUCACAUUGGAUCAAACUAAGUUUAAGAUUAUCAAAAAUCACUGAUGGGAAAAGAAAACAUUAUGAAAUAGUAAUCGAUUCUCCUAUCCAUGUUUUAAACAGAUUAUGUGCUCAUGCAAACACACUUUUGCCAUGCUAUGAUCCACAUCCCUUGAAUAUGCAUCUUGAAGAUUCUUCGUUAGAUAUGUUUGCAAGUGAAAAUGGUACGACCGAUGGACAGAAUAAUAAAGGUUUUUCAAAUCCAAAUGUAGUAGACCCGCCUUCUGUCCAUGAAUCCAAUAUUUUCUUUCCGAAGGAAAUCUUAUUAUCUCCAAUGUUAUCACCAGAUGUUCAGACAGAAUUGCAUAAAACAAAUCAUGAAAGUGUAGCUUCUGCAUUAUCAUCAGCCCAUGAUAGCAUCUCAGUGAUUCCAAAUGAAGUAUUCAACACUCCAAAACUAAAAUCUAACAUAUACCAACCAGAUUCAUUAAGUAGAGAAUUAACAUUUGCACAAGCUGUCCCAUUAUCUCCAAUCAACUCACCAAUCCUCCAAUCUUCUGCUCUUUCGGAUGAUGAUAUUGAACCUCCAACUUUUGACUUUGACGCAAUGUCUCUCAACUCCUCAAAAUUUGAUAAUAAUGGCUUACCACUAAACCCGCCCUCGUACAGUAAAGUCGAUACAGCAAAUAUUCAUGGCUCAGAAGGAUGGUUUGCAAAUGGUUCAAAUAAUGGUAACCUUCUUACAGCCAAUAAUAGAAUUUCUACAUUGAGAUUGGAUCAAAAACCUUUGUCAAGAAGUGGCAGUUUAUUAGGUGUUCAUAAGAGUAAUAAAGUAUUCAAAGAUAUCGAUGAAGAUGAUGCAGAUGGUGACAUAACUUCGACUUUUACUUCUCGCAGCUCUACAAGUGCAUUAAAGUUAAACCAAAAUAGUUUGUCUUUAAAUCCUAAGUUAUGGAGAACUAAGCAGAAUGGUUUGCAAGAUAAUCUUCCUUCUACUAUUAGACAUGCUAACUCUUCUUUUAACGAUCUAAAUAAUAUCUUUGCAUCAGAUAAUGAAACUGAUGAAACUGAAGUAGAUGAUUUAUCUGAUGAGGAAAUUUCAAAGACUUCAUCCGUGAUAAAUGAGUCGGUAGAUGAUUCUAAUAUAGAAGGUGCAUCAAGGCUACCAUUAUUAAAUGGCAACGACUCUACGGCUGAUAUGGUCGGUGAUGAAUCAUUCUUUGCUUCAGCAGAUUUGUCUGAGGAACUGAUAAGAACUCAACCAAUUAAUACUCUCGAUUUUUUUAUACAAAACCAUAAUUCUCAUAUGGUCCCCAACCCUAUUUUUGGAGAACAAGAAAAAUCUAGAGGUGUACCUCAUGACUAUUCUUUGCAGGUUGCUAAUGCAAACCAUGUUUUAGAUGACUUUAAAAGUACAAUUCAUGAUUCAAAUAAGGAUGAAACUCCGUUAUCUUGA